UUAUUUGGAAGACAGAAGAGAGAGGUCCUCCAUCCGCUGGCUCACUCCCCAGAUGGCGGCGUUGGCCGGGGCUGGGCCAGGCGAGGCCAGGAGCCAGGGGCUUCUUCCGGGUCUCCUACGUGCGUGCAGGGGCCCCGGCCGCCCGCAGGGAGCUGGACGGGAAGUGGGGGCAGCGCGACGGGCCUGGCGGCGCCGGCCCAGGGCGGCCUUCCUAGGGGCCCUCGGUGAAGAGCCCCGCCGGCCCCCGCGGGGAGAUCUCGGCUGGGCGCACGGACGUGGGCUCCCGGCACUGCCUCCCGCCGGGUCCUCGGUGGGCAUCUCCGCGGCGCGGCGCCCAGGCCGACCGCGCGGAUGUCGCGCCCCACGAGGCGUCGCUGAGGCUCCCCGAGACGACGCAGCCCCAGCGCCAGGCCGCCUCCCUGGGACCUCUGACGCCUCGGCUCGAGGGCCACCACUGUCCGACCUGGAGCUUCGAGCUCUUGAUUGGUCAGCGUGCGAGAAAAGGGGCGGGAAGAAGGGGGCGUGGCGAGAGGCGCCACGAUCGGCGUGUGGGCGGUCCAAUGGCUCGGCCACGGCGGCCAAUGGUGACAGCGCGGAGGCUGAGGUCUCAGGGCUCCGGGCCGCGGCGGGCCGGCCGCGGGGCAGGAUGGGCACGCAGGGCAGCCCGGUGAAGAGCUACGACUACCUGCUCAAGUUCCUGCUGGUGGGCGACAGCGACGUGGGCAAGGGCGAGAUCCUGGAGAGCCUGCAGGACGGCGCGUCCGAGUCGCCGUACGCCUACAGCAACGGCAUCGACUACAAGACCACCACCAUCCUGCUGGACGGGCGGCGCGUCAAGCUGGAGCUGUGGGACACGUCGGGCCAGGGCAGGUUCUGCACCAUCUUCAGGUCCUACUCCAGGGGCGCGCAGGGCAUCCUCCUGGUGUAUGACAUCACCAACCGCUGGUCCUUCGACGGCAUCGACCGGUGGAUCAAGGAGAUCGACGAGCACGCUCCUGGGGUCCCCCGGAUCCUGGUGGGGAACCGGCUCCACCUGGCCUUCAAGCGGCAAGUGCCGACGGAGCAGGCGCGCGCCUACGCCGAGAAGAACUGCAUGACGUUCUUUGAGGUCAGCCCCCUGUGCAACUUCAACGUCACCGAGUCGUUCACCGAGCUGUCACGCAUUGUGCUCAUGCGGCACGGCAUGGAGAAGAUCUGGAGGCCCAACCGAGUGUUCAGCCUGCAGGACCUCUGCUGCCGCGCCAUCGUCUCCUGCACCCCUGUGCACCUCAUCGACAAACUCCCGCUGCCCGUCACCAUCAAGAGCCACCUCAAGUCCUUCUCCAUGGCCAACGGCAUGAACGCGGUCAUGAUGCACGGACGCUCCUACUCCCUGGCCAGCGGGGCCGGGGGCAGCGGAAGCAAGGGCAGCAGCCUCAAGAGGUCCAAGUCCAUCCGGCCCCCCCAGAGCCCGCCCCAGAACUGCUCUCGCAGCAACUGCAAGAUCUCCUAGCAGGCCUGCGAGACUGGACGCACGCUCCUGCCGGGCGCCGGGCCUGCUGUGGGCAGGGACUUUGGCCACCGGGCCCCGCCACGGAGGCUGCAGGUGGAGGGAGGGGCUGCAGGCGGCCGUGUGCUGGUCUGAAGGCCCUGGGGGGCCUGGCUGCCGCCCUGAUGGGCUCUGCUGGGACUCGGGAAGGGACUGUGGGAGUGAUGGAGUCUCCGAGGGGCUGCGGUCCGUUCCCUCGGAGGGGCUGGGCUGCUGCCCAGGGGCCCUCUGGAAGCUGCGCUCGGUGACCAAGCCGGCAGGCCGGGCUCCUGCCGCCUCCCCUGGGAGGUGCACACCAGGACUCGCUUGGGCCCAGGCCCCUCCCGCGUGGGCGGGGCUGGGGCUCUACUGUGAGGGUGGAGUGGCCUGGGGGCAGCUCGCGUCCUCUGACCUCAGCGUGGAACUGGACACCUAGGCCUCCUGUGCUGGGCGCCCUGGUGCAGUGGGGCCUGGCCCCUCGCUGCUGUCGAAGCUGCCAGCUGUCCCUGCCCGGGAUGCGCCCUCCCGGCCCCGACCCUGCCACGGCCUCCUUGGUGCUCAUCUCUACCUCCCGCCCUCGUCACGAUGUGGGUUCAGCACGGCAGUGUGGACGCCGGGCAGAGGCCACUGCUGGGGCUGCCAGCGAGGCCCCUUCCUUUGGCGUGGUGGGGGGAAGCCCACGUCCCCGCGCACGGGCUCAGCACUAGCUCACUGCUGUCUCACUCCCCACGCUGGGUUCCGAGCUGUCCUUUGUACAGUAAAUGUGGUUCCUGUGA